ACGUGCCCUGCCCGCCCUUAAGCACCGUGUGGUGGAGGACGCGGCAGAGGAGGAGGUCGCGGCUCUGCGGCCGCAGUCCAUGACGGAGGCCGAGAGGAAGGACGCGUCGCUGGCCAUCUACGUGUUCGGCGCCUCCAUGGUGGAUAAGUGCUACAGCAAGAGCUACUCCGACAAGGAGGCAGGGUUGCUGCUGCUGCAGGAGGCGCUGCAGGAGAGCUGUCCGCUCAGCGCAACCCCCGACAGAGUGCUGCGGGCGGCAGUUCAGCUCAUCCAGCGCGGGGUGCGCGACAAGGUGUUCAGCGUCGCACAGCUUGCGUGUGCUGCACUCAGCGUCCUGCUCACCAUCUUCCUUCCAGCACACAGGGUCUCGCGCAAGGAGUGCGCUGCAGCGCUAGACCAGCUCCUGCCAGACCUCCUCUCCAAGACCGCCGACAACGCGGCUAGGGCGCGACAGCUCGCCGUCACCGCCCUAGACCAGAUGCUCACAUACUCCCUAGCGAGAGGAGCUGGUAACAUAGGGACAGAGCUGACCAGACCAAUCAGCCACUCUGUCCACCCUCGGUCAGCUCUGUGCCGUGUGACGGUGGUGGAGAUGCAGCUCUGCAGGAUGGCUGACGUACCGCUUCCCAAGGACAGAGAAACCGGGUUCACCCCCCGUCAGCUGGCAGAGCUGGCACUGUCAGCGGCGCAGCACCCCGGCAGCGAUGUCCGCAAGUCUGGAGAGCGCGCCCUGCUGACGCUGUACCGCCGCCACCCGCAGGCCGUGCGCCGAGUCCUGCCCAGCGAGCAGGAUCCUCAGCGCCGCAACGUCCUCUUCAGGAACCUCUUCGAGCAGCUCGAGCUCAUCGACCUCCAGAAAGCCACCACGCCACGAGCACCACCGCCCACCACAGAUCCUCCUCCUGCAGAGGGCGUGACAGCUGGGCGCUGCGUGCCCACCACCCUCGCCCUGCCCACCUGCGGCGGCAGCAGCAACAGCAGCAGCUGCGCCAGUAACUGCAGCGCUAACAGCAGCAGCAGCAGCUGCGGCAACCCUGCACUGCUGCACAGCUGCAGCACUCCUGAGGAAGCCCGUGGCCGCGUGCUGAGCAGAACAAACUUCUGUAAGCCUCUAUGA